AUGGACAACGGAGAUGAUCAACAGAUGGAUGUUAGAUCGGUGGUUGAAGCUGUUUCCGCCGAUCACUCAUUCGGGGCUCCUCUCUAUGUAGUUGAGAGCCUGUGUAUGCGAUGCGGUGAAAAUGGAACAACUAGAUUACUAUUGACCUUAAUUCCUAACUUCAAAAAGGUCUUAUUAACGGCAUUUGAAUGUCCGCAUUGUGGAGAAAGGAAUAAUGAAGUUCAGUUUGCGGGAGAGAUUCAACCCAGAGGAUGCUGUUACCAUCUAGAGGUUCUAGCUGGUGAUGUGAAGAUAUUUGACCGGCAAGUUGUGAAAUCUGAAUCAGCCACUAUUAAGAUUCCUGAACUGGAUUUUGAAAUUCCAACAGAGGCCCAACGUGGAAGUUUGUCUACUGUGGAGGGGGUAUUAUCGCGCGCUGCCGAUGAACUGAGUGCCCUUCAAGAAGAACGCAAGAAAGUUGAUCCUAAAACUGCUGAAGCAAUAGACCAAUUCUUGUCCAAACUGAGAGCUUGCGCUAAAGCAGAGACAUCCUUCACCUUCAUCUUGGAUGAUCCUGCUGGAAACAGUUUCAUUGAGAACCCACAUGCUCCGUCACCAGAUCCGUCUUUAACCAUCAAAUUCUAUGAGCGAACACCAGAGCAACAAGCAACGCUUGGAUAUUCUGCUGACCCAUCGCAGGCUGGACAAUCAGAAGGAAGCCUUGGUGCACGUUCUGCUGAAACAAUUUCUGUCCCUCAUGGAACAAUUGGAGCAACAGCUGGUCAUCGGGCGAUUGCUCAGAGUAAUAGCACUGAUAUAUCCGAUAACUUGUUCAGAUACACCGCACCUGAAGAGGUGAUGACUUUCCCUUCAACUUGUGGAGCAUGUAUGAAGCUGUGUGAGACCCGGAUGUUCGUGACUAAAAUCCCGUACUUUCAAGAGGUAAUUGUCAUGGCGUCUACAUGUGAAGAAUGUGGCUAUCGCAAUUCGGAGUUGAAGCCUGGCGGUGCAAUUCCUAAAAAGGGAAAGAAAAUUACUCUCUCUGUGAGGAACAUCGCUGACCUUAGCCGAGACGUUAUCAAGUCGGACACUGCAGGAGUGACAAUCCCAGAACUUGAUCUGGAGCUAGCUGGUGGUACACUCGGUGGGAUGGUAACAACAGUGGAAGGGUUGGUUACACAGAUCAGAGAAAGCCUAGCAAGAGUCCACGGAUUCACUUUUGGUGAUAGUAUGAGUGAGAAUAAGAAGAACAAGUGGAGAGAAUUUGGAUCCAGGCUCACUAAGCUUCUAAGCUUAGAACAGCCAUGGACUUUGAUUCUUGAUGAUGAAUUAUCAAAUUCCUUUAUUGCACCAAUAACAGAUGAUAUCAAAGAUGAUCAUCAGCUCACAUUUGAAGAGUACGAGAGAUCAUGGGAGCAAAACGAGGAGUUGGGUCUCAACGACAUAGAUACUUCUUCCGCUGAUGCUGCUUAUGAAUCCACAGAGACAAACUAA